AUGAGCGUGGCUGUGGUGGGCGACGACGCGGCGGCCAACAGGGCCGUCGCGGACGUCAUCGGCAAGUCGCUGUCCUACGCCGUCCUGCACACUCCUGACAUCAUCAAGAAGGCGACGGGGAUGUCGGUCGCGAGCAUAGUCAAGGAGGAGGGCGCGCCGGCGCUCGCUGCGGUGGAGCUGCAGGUCGCGUCCGAGCUCUCCACGCAGCUCCGGUCCGUCGUAUCCUUUGCGGGUGACGGCGUCGGCGUUGCCGCCCGUGGUUCGGCUUGGAGGUACAUGUUCGGCAUGUUCUCGAUCUGGCUCGACACCGACCCGGGCGCGAGCGAGGCCGAGGCGCCCCAGCGCGGCGCGUACGACAACGCCGAGAUCCGGAUCGACCUCCCCGCUGCGGCCGCAAUGGCCGGGGACGACGCCACGCCGUCGCAGGUUGCGCAGGCGGCGGCGGCGCAGGCGAUGCGGGGCCUGAAGGAGCUCCUGCGUCGCCAGUCGGAGCUGCCGAGGAACAAGGCCCUUUACAUCAAACUGGGGUGCAGGGGCGACUGGCCGGAGAUCCAGCACCCGGACUGGCGCAACCCCGAGGACGAGGCUGCGGCUGCGGAGAGCGCGUGA